GUGGCGAAUAACGCCCAAAAACGACCGUGAGUGCGUCGCGAAGAAGAAGAAGAAGGCGACUGGCGAAAAAGACUCCGCAAAAAUUGCAUUUUCCAUCAGCAAUUCCACAGUGAAGACCGUGAAAUAUCGCUGAAAACCAUCAAUUUACAGUCAAUCGGUGAUGCUCAGUGCGACAUUGGCGUGGCAGCUUGAGCGUGGGCGGCGCGCUUAGGGUGAAAAAGGCAGCAAACACAGAAGCGCCAUUGCUCAGUAGUGAGAAAGUUGAUUGGAAUUUAAUAAACAGAGCCGCCCUUAUCAAAACAUGCUCCUCACCUUGAGGCUCCUGAUAAGAUUCACCCGCCAAUCAGAUACCCAAUGGAGGAGCGCUGAAUAAGGUGGAAUGCAGGAAAUGAUUCCAGUGCUCUGAGUGAUAUUGCGAGUAAACUUCCGGAAGACAACAAGCAGAGGAUCCAGGAUGUCCAGUAGCGGCGGCAAGGACCGCAAGUCGCGCUCCAGCAAGACGCAGGGAUGGGAGGAGGCCGGAGGCGAGUUCUACCAGGAAAGCUAUCCUGUGGGCGCGGAUUGGGACGGAAUGCAGCGCGACCCGGCCGCGAUUGCCACUCUGCUGCCCUCCAAGCAGAACAGAUACGCCACCACAAGGCGCGUACGGCCGGGGCAGAAUGACAAUCGCACGAGCCGCCGGCGCCAGAGCGUGACGGGGCCGCGCCGGACUUCGACAUUCCGCGGUGCACAGAUUCAGGAGGUGCAAGUGGCAAUGCUGCCCGACCUGUCGGAGAAUCUCACGGACGAGGAGCGCAUCUGGGAGGAGAUCCACGAGAUCAAGGCGAUGCCCGUGACGAUGGGGCAGAAGAAGGAGAUGAAGGCACAGCUGCAGAACGCCACGAAGCUGCGCCUGCAGGGCUUCGAUCAGAUCAAGUGGCAGCGGCGAAAAGCGUGGCAGCAGCUGUGCGCCAAGUGGACAGAGUGCCUGGCCAAGGUGGAGCUGUGGAAGGGCAGUCUGAAGCGGAUUGAGGGCCACUUCGGCACGGGCGUCGUGGCGUACUUCCUCUUUCUGCGCUGGCUCAUGUUUCUCAACUUGGCCAUCUUCGGCAUUGUGCUGGUGUUCGUGGUGCUGCCGCAGGUCUUCCUGGUGGCGCCUGACGAGGCGGCGUGCGUGGUGGCGAACUCGACUGAGUGCUGCGCCGAGGACUACUUCAACGCCACGAGCACGUUCUCAGUGCUGGACAUCAUCCAGGGCACGGGCAUCAUGGAGAAGACGCUCAUGUUCUACGGUAUGUACUCGAACAGGAUCUAUGGCUAUCACGCCAAUGUGAAUACUAGUCUCAUAGGCUUUACCAAGUCGCUGUACUACGACCUGCCGCUGGCCUUUGUCUGCACCACUCUCGCGUGCUUCCUUCUGUCGCUGGUGGCGAUCGUGAGGGCGGCAUCGCGAGAGUUCAAGGACAGGCUGGUGGAGGGCGAGGGACAGUUCUAUCAGUAUUGCAAUCUGAUCUUCGGCGGGUGGGACUUCUGCAUACACAAUGAGAAGUCGGCGGAGAUCAAGCACAAGGCGCUGUUCAAUGAGAUCAAAGGCCUGCUGCUGGCGAAGAAGAUGGAAUUCGAGAGAUUCAAUCGAACAAGUGAUAUUAUGGCUAAACUGAUCGUGAUGCGAUUCCUCAUCAAUUGCCUCGUGCUGAUGAUUCUGGCCGCGUCGGCGGUCAUUAUUUACUAUUUGCUGAACAUCUCGCUGGCGUACUUGGAUCCCAAUUUCACGCCCGAGAGCAUCCUGUCGCCCUUCGGGGCGGCGGAGAGUGGUCUAGUCACGCCGUCCCUUCGUGACAUCUUCACGGACGAUGACGGGCAGGUGAGCAGGACGCUGAGCGAUCAGCUGAUCGUGCUGUUCUACGAAUUCCUGCCCUACAUCGCGAUAGUCUUGCUGAACUUCCUCGUGCCCAUUCUCUUCAACUAUCUCGUGCAAUUCGAGCAGUACUCGCCGGUGUUUGUCAUCAAGAUGGCACUGCUGCGGACGAUUCUGUUGCGCCUGUCCUCGCUGGCGGUGCUCCUGAGUCGCUUCUAUCUGCUGGUGAGUCCGCAGCUGGACGAUCAGGUGUGCUACAAUGCCAGCCGCGGCACGCCGCAGUGCUGGGAGACAUUCGUGGGGCAGCAGUUGUAUAAAUUGUUCAUUAUUGAUUUCGUUACGCACAUCUUUGUCACGUUCUUCAUCAACUUCCCACGUGCGCUCAUUGCGCGCCACGUGAACACGCGUCUGGCGCGAUUCGUGGGCGAGCAGGAGUUUGAAUUGUCCAAGCAUGUCCUCGACAUUGUCUACUCACAGACACUCUGCUGGCUGGGCAGCUUCUAUGCCCCUUUUCUCGCCGGCAUCGCCUUCCUCCUCAACUUCCUCAUGUUCUACAUCAAGAAGUUCGCGUGUCUGGUGAACUCCAAGCCCUCGGAGAUACACUAUCGCGCCUCCCGAUCGAAAUCCCUCUUCAUGUUCAUCCUCCUGCUGUCCUUUGCCAUCGCCGUGGCGCCGGUCGUGUACGCCGUGGCGGAGAUUCUGCCGUCGCGCUCGUGCGGUCCAUUCCGCGGCCUCACGUCUGUGUGGGCGGCCGCGAUAGCGGCAUUCAUGAAGAUGCCGUCAUUCAUCCAGAAUGCCAUCUUCUUCUUCGGCACAGCGGCUUUCGCUGUGCCAGCAUUCAUCGUGCUCAUCCUCCUGCUCUACUACUAUUACGCCGUGUCAGCGGCCAACAAGCACAUGGUGAAUGUGCUGAAGAAUCAAUUGGUUCUCGAGGGGCGCGAUAAGCAAUUUCUGCUCAAUCGACUGAGCUCGUUCAUCAAGCAGCAUCAAGACUAUCAGAAGAAGAUGCGCCAGGCCGAGAGGAAUCGCGAGAGUCGCAAUAGUCGAAAUGCGGGAGAACGAGAGGCUGAAUAGAGAGAGAGAG